GCGAACCGCCUCCGCGACGCGUGGUCCGCCGACGCGACCGCGUUGCGCGAGACCGAGGACGCGCUGCGCGAGAACGAAGCGCGUCUGACGCGCUUCAUGGGCGAAGACGACGAGUACGCGUACAUGGUGGGCGAGUGCUACGAGGCUAAAGUGGACAAGUACGUCUACGAGGCGUGCCCGUUCGGCAAGGCGUCGCAGGACUCGACGUCGCUCGGGACGAUGCAGGAUAUCGACCGCGCUUCCCCGAGGACGUUCAAAUUCACCGGCGGCGAGGGGUGCUGGAACGGCCCCGCGCGGUCGCUGACGGCGACGGCGCGGUGCGGCGCGGAGAACAAACUCGCGGAGGUGAUCGAGACGUCGAGGUGCGAGUACGUCGCGACGCUCGUCACGCCCGCGGCGUGCGCGGAGGACGAGGAGCGGGCGGCGAGGGAGGAG